AUGCGAAUCGGCGUUUUCGUUGGGGCUUCUACUGCUGACCUGAUGGGGUUGGACGAAUUGAUCGGACGGAUCAAGCAGGCGGAGGAAGAUGGAUUCGACAGUUUUUGGAUUCCCCACAUCUCGGCGCGAGGGUACGAUGCGCUGACGGUGCUGGCGUUGGCGGGGAUGCAAACCAGCCGGAUCGAGUUGGGCGUGGGCGUGGUACCCACUUUCCCCAGGCAUCCGGUGGCGCUGGCGCAACAGGCGUUGACAACGGCGGCGGCGACCGACAGCAGGUUUUUGCUGGGAAUCGGGCCGUCGCACCGACCGGGCAUCGAGAUGAGCUUUGGCCUGUCGUACGACCGGCCGGCGCUGCACAUGCGCGAGUAUCUAUCGGUAAUGCGUCCAUUGAUGGAGGAGGGGAGAGUCCAGUUCUCGGGAGAGUUCUUCAACGUGAACGCCGAGCUGGACGUGCCCGACCGUCCCCAGUGCCCGGUGUUGAUCUCGGCGCUGGCGCCCCGGAUGCUGCGGUUGGCGGGGGAGCGCGCGGACGGCACGAUUACGUGGAUGGCCGGGCCGCGAACGAUUCGCGAACACAUUGCGCCCCGGAUCGGCAGCUCGGCGGAGGCCCACGGACGCGCCAGCCCCAGGGUGUGCGUGGGGUUGCCCACUGCGGUGUGCGACGACGAAGCGGCGGGAAGGCGGCAGGCAGCGGAGGCGUACGAGCGGUACGGCCAGUUGGUGAAUUACCGCCGGGUGCUGGACAUCGAAGGCGUGGAGGGUCCGUCGGAGGUGGCGUUAAUCGGGAACGAGGAUGCCCUGCGCCGGCAACUGGAGGAAUUUGCGGCUGGGGGCGCCACCGACUUUAUGGCCAAUAUCUUUGCCUUGCCGGGGGAUGUCGAAUCGGAUCAGCGCACCUAUGCAGCCCUGAAGGAUCUGGUGGGCAAGGUGUAG